AUGUCUGAAGAAAAAAAGCCAAAACUUGGUGGCAGUAAUACAACAAUCGGAGGUUUAAUUGUAGCAAUUAUCUUAGGGUUACUAUAUUAUAUGGGUGGAGGAGAAGCUCCUACAACACAAGAUGAUGUUGUUGAGAAUAUAGAAGAAGCAAAUGCUGACCGUGGUCACUUGACCUUUAAGCCAGAUACAAGUAUUGAAAAAGAGAAAGCCGUUACCUCAUCAGAUUAUACUCGUACAGGUUAUGACAGAGGUCAUUUAGUACCAGCGCAAGAUAUGGCAUUUAGCGAACAAGCUAUGGAAGAAACUUUCUAUAUGUCUAAUGUUAGUCCGCAAGACAAGGACUUCAAUCGUGGAAAGUGGAAAGAACUAGAAAACGAAACAAGAAAUUGGGCGGCUAAGUAUGACGAAAUUUAUGUAGUUGCGGGACCUGUAUUGACGAAAAGAGCCAUUAAGCGAUUUCCAAAAAGUAAAAAAUCUAUUCCUGUACCUCAUUCCUACUUCAAAAUAAUUUUAGAUUUUACAGGAAAAGAAGAUGAAGUAAAAGCUAUUGCUUUUUGGCUACGCAAUCAAGAAACUGAAAUCCCAUUGAGUGGUUUUGUGACUACUAUUGACGAAAUUGAAGAAUUGACAGGUAUUGACUUUUUCCCAGGUUUACCAAACGAUAUUGAAGAGAAACUUGAAAGUCAAGCAAGAAUUGACGAUUGGGGCAUGACUCAAGAUGCAUACAGUGUUAGUUUUGACCCAACUACAAUUAAGGAGUUUUUAGAAGAAGAAAAUUAA